CCAAUUUCCUGACUGAAGUGGAGACUGGAGAGAGCAAAAGACGCAUCAAGAAGUUGUACCUUUGCUGAGUUGAAGGUGUACCAUAGUAAUAUAGUAGGUUGUGGCAUCAUCAAUUUCAAUUGUACUCCUAAAACAAACUUCACUAACAUUGAAAGCACAAAAUAAAGAGUUUUGAGAGCAAUGGUAUGGUAACCAAGAGUUAAACCAUGAGGAGCGACAGGGAGGAAGAUCGAAAGAAGGAGACUUUUAAUACUACUGUUGAUUCAAGAUUCAACCAAACUCUCAGAAAUGUUCAAGGGUUGCUAAAGGGGCGCAGUUUCCCUGGCAAAGUACUGAUUACACGAAGGUCAGACCCACUGGAUAACUCAACUAUGAGAUCUCCAGAUAAUCAUGGAAGUCUAAGAGAUAGUGAGAUGGGACCAAGCCAACAGGAAGAUGGAUCUUUUGAGGAUGAACUGCAAAGUAGAAGCAAUCUGAAUGCUAGCUCAUCUGCUAGCCAGACAAAAUCAUCAACGUCAAAUUCAGAACACACAUCCAAUGAAGUACAGAAGCCAUCAAUUGGCUCAAGAGCUACUGAUUCGGCUAGGCUAAUGAAGUUCACAAAAGAAUUAUCUGCGACAACUGUUAUUCUAGAAAAAUUGCGUGAAUUAUCUUGGAAUGGUAUCCCAUCAUAUCUGCGUCCCAACAUAUGGAGGCUUCUUUUGGGAUAUGCACCCCCUAAUUCAGAUAGAAGGGAGGGAGUUCUGAGAAGAAAGCGUCAAGAUUAUCUUGAUUGUGUUGCUCAGUACUAUGACAUUCCAGAUAUUGAGCGAACAGAUGAAGAGAUCAACAUGCUGCGACAGAUUGCUGUUGAUUGCCCUAGAACAGUGCCUGAUGUUUCUUUUUUCCAACAAGCACAAGUUCAGAAAUCCCUGGAGCGCAUACUUUACAUAUGGGCCAUCCGGCACCCUGCAAGUGGAUAUGUGCAGGGAAUAAAUGAUCUUGCAACACCGUUCAUAGUUGUUUUCUUGUCAGAACACGUAGAAGGGAGCAUUGACAAUUGGAUGAUGUCUGAUCUACCUUCUGAGAAAAUAUCUGGCAUAGAAGCUGACUGUUAUUGGUGUCUAUCAAAAUUGCUUGAUGGGAUGCAAGACCAUUACACAUUUGCUCAACCAGGAAUCCAGAGGCUCGUGUUUAAGCUAAAGGAGUUGGUUAGACGGAUAGAUGAACCUGUGUCAACACACAUGGAAGAGCAAGGACUUGAGUUUCUCCAGUUUGCUUUUCGCUGGUUUAAUUGUCUCUUGAUACGCGAGAUCCCUUUCCAUCUUGUUACCCGAUUGUGGGAUACAUAUCUUGCAGAAGGUGAUGCGCUGCCAGAUUUUCUUGUGUAUAUAGCUGCAAGCUUUCUUCUCACAUGGUCAGAUAAGCUGCUGAAGCUUGACUUCCAAGAGAUGGUUAUGUUCCUUCAGCACCUCCCAACUCAUAGCUGGAGUCAUUCAGAGCUUGAGAUGGUGCUUUCUAGAGCAUAUAUGUGGCAUGCCAUGUUCAACAGCUCGCCCAGCCACUUGGCUAGCUGAAGUUGAGAGCUCUUCGUUAUUUUUUUUGAAGUCUUUUGUUUCUUUUAGUUCAAACUUCUUUUAUUUAUCUAUCGGUGUUUGAUUGUAAAAUUCGUGUUCUAUUUUCCAUUUUGGUUUCCCUCUUCAUGUAGAGCCUAAAUUUGUUCCUGGAUUCACUGCCUACCCUUUUAUCCUUUUCUUCUGUUUUGUGAUUCGUAAGAUCCAUGUGCCAAAUCCUUCUUAUAUAUGAUGCGUUUCAUUAGAGAGAAUCAACUUGAAGGGAAAAAAAGGAGCAGAUUAUUCUAUUCUAUUUUCUCCUUUGGUAAAGAUCGACUGUUUGUUCGUAAAAUAAAUGGAAAGCCUUCAUAUGUGAUAGCUGUA